GAACAUAAGAAAAUCCAAGUAGCAUAGCAUUAGCACAACAUCUUCAAAUAUUCUUUUGUUCUUGUCACCAUUUUCUUUACAACAUGGUGUCUCCAAACACAGACCAAGAGAAACCAUGUGCACUAGUAAGAGGAUUGGAAAAGAUAAUGAUUUUGCCAAAGGUUGUAAUGAAGAAGGUGUUAUGCAUUUGUAAGUUGUCAAAAGAGAUAGCACAAGAUGAUCCAAGAAAAGUGAUUCAUUCACUAAAAGUUGGUCUUGCAAUCUCUUUGGUGUCUCUAUUUUACUACUAUCAACCCCUUUAUGAGAAUUUUGGUCUUUCAGCAAUGUGGGCUGUGAUGACUGUUGUAGUAGUCUUUGAGUACACAGUUGGAGCUACCUUAGGUAAAGGUUUGAAUAGAACAAUGGCAACAUUGGCAGCUGGUGCUUUAGGUGUUGGUGCUCAUUACUUAGCUAGCUUAUCAGGAGAGACAGGAGAACCUAUUCUAAUUGGAUUCUUUGUAUUCCUACAAGCUGCUAUAGCAUCAUUUAUAAGGUUCUUUCCCAAAGUGAAAACAAGAUAUGAUUAUGGGAUGCUUAUAUUUAUCUUGACAUUCUCUUUGAUAUCUGUAUCUGGAUUUCGUGAUGAUGAAGUAGUGAAAAUGGCUCACAAAAGAUUAACAACUAUUUUUCUUGGAGGUUCUGCUUGUGUGAUGAUUUCUAUUUUUGUUUGUCCUGUUUGGGCUGGUGAAGAAUUGCACUAUUCCAUUGCUCAAAAGUUACAAACACUUGGUGACUUCUUAGAAGCAUUUGUUGAUGAGUACUUCAAAACAACAAAGGAAGAAGAAUCUAAAGAUAAAAUGUCUUAUCUUGAAGGUUAUAAAAGCAUUCUCAAUGCUAAAAGUAAUGAAGAGUCUUUGGCCAAUUUUGCAAGGUGGGAACCAGGUCAUGGCAAGUUCAAAUUUCGUCAUCCAUGGAGUCAAUAUCUCAAAAUCGGCGCACUUUCGCGUCAAUGUGCUUAUCGAAUGGAAGCUUUAAAGGAACAACUCAACUCUGAUAUUAAAGGAUCGGCCGAAAUUCAUAGUACAAUUCAAGAACUAUGCACAGAAAUGUGUUUCGAAUCAAGCUUGGCAUUGAAACAAUUGAGUUUAUCAAUCAAAACAAUGACAAAGAAAUCAUCACAUGAUACCCACAUUGCGAACUCGAAAGCCGCGGUGAAAAUCCUGAAUUCAUUGCUUCAAUCAAGUUUAUGGAAAGAAACCGAUCUUUUAUCAGUUAUACCAGUUGUGACAGUGGCUUCAUUGCUAAUUGAUGUUGUUGAUUGCACAGAGAAAAUUGCAGAUUCUGUUAAUGUUCUUGCUACACUUAUAAAUUUUGAUUCUUCGGAUGAUGAAAAAAAACCUAAAGAAGUGUCACAAUCUCCAACUUGUGAAUGUGUUGAACCUGAUCCUAUGAUUGAGAACUCACAUGUGGUUGUUAUAGUUGAGGAAUCCAUGUGUGAUAAAUGUAACAAAGUUUGAUUGUUGAUAUACAUGUAUAUGACUCAUGACUUCAGCCAUCAGAUUAGGACUAAUCAUGAAACAUAAUUUAAUGUUGUUUUCUUUUUUAAUAACAUUUUCAUUUGUUUUACAAUGA